AAACAUGGAUUUCAACAGCACCGGGGGAGGCAACGAACUGCACAACAACCAGUUUUAUCAAUGCGAGGAGAGCAAGCCUCUACUGGGGGACAUGUCGGAGGGGAACAACAACGCCAAAGUGGGCGCGGGGCCGUGUAAGCGCAGCCUGCAGCAACACUGCAGCAGCAGCGGGAUGCGCUACAAGCUGCUCCACGAAGGGGACAUCCAGGUGUGCGUGGUCAAACACCCACGCACCUUCCUCAGCAAGAUCCUCACCUCCAAGUUCUUGCGGAGAUGGGAGCCGCAUCACCUCACGCUCACGGACAGCAGCCUGACCUCGGCCACCCCUACUGGUUACAUGGAGACGUCGUUGUCUUACAGCUCCAUAGAGGACCUGCAGCUCCUUUCAUGGGACAAUGCACCAAAGUACUGUGUCCAGCUAAGCUUUCCUGGUGGCACGGUCCUGCUGCAGGCCGCUAACAGCUACUUAAGGGACCAGUGGUUUCACUCCUUACAAUGGAAGAAAAAGAUCUACAAAUAUCGAAAGGUGUUGAAUAAUCCAAGUCGCUGGGAUGUAGUACUGAAGGAGAUCAGAGCGCUAGUGGACAUGGCCCUGACCUCACCACUGCAGGAUGAGUCCAUCCACCAGGCCCCUCUACACAUCAUCUCCACUCUGCUAGCUGAGAACUCCAAUCUCAGCUCACAGGAUCAUGAGAACAUCAUUGUGGCUAUUGCACCUCUUCUGGAAAACAACCACCCACCACCAGAUCUGUGCGAGUUCUUCUGUAAGCACUGCCGGGAGCGUCCACGUUCAAUGGUGGUUAUAGAAGUGUUCACUCCUGUGGUACAGAGAAUCCUGAAACACAACAUGGAUUUUGGAAAGUGCCCUCGACUGCGCCUGUUCACUCAGGAGUACAUUUUGGCUCUCAAUGAACUCAAUGCAGGAAUGGAAGUUGUCAAGAAGUUUGUUCACAGCAUGCACGGGCCAACGGGGCAGUGCCCUCACCCUCGUGUUCUGCCAAACCUGGUUGCAGUAUGUCUUGCUGCCAUUUACUCCUGUUAUGAGGAUUUCAUUAACAGUCGAGACAACUCUCCGAGCCUGAAAGAAAUCAGAAAUGGCUGCCAGCAACAGAAUGAUCGCAAGCCUCCAAUGCCACUCCGCCUGCUGCGCCCAGAGCCCCCGACGCCGCCUUCUGCCACCCUGCUCCAACUCUCCUCUAACCUUACUCCUCCUCAGCCACCGCCUCCUGCUCCUCCAAACCCUCCACCUUCAAUCCCCAUAUCGUCCCCAACACCCUCCCUUCCCCUCUCUCCACCUCCGUCUGUGGUCAACUCCAGCGAGAUCCUGGUGGAGUUAGAGCGCAACAACAACUCUGCCAACACAAAGCGAAAGCCAGACGCCAAUAGUGAACCCAACCUCAUUGACUGUCUGCUGGUCAGCCCGGCUGUCAACACUCUGUCCAUUCAGCUGCCAGCGCAGGCUGACCGGGUGCUUGGCUGCUUUGCUCUUAUCCUCAAGAUGCUGUCUGAUUAUGAUGACUGGAGACCUGCGCUGGCCAGCCUGUUGCAGCCCAUUCCUUUUCCUAAAGAGGCCCUUGCACAUGCCAAAUUUACAAAGGAACUAAAAUACGUCAUUCAAAGAUUUGCACAGGAUCCAAGGCAAGAGGUCCAUUCUUGUCUACUCAGUGUGCGUUCAGGAAAAGAUGGCUGGUUUCAGCUUUAUAGUCCAGGAGGCGUGGCAUGCGAUGACGAUGGAGAGCUGUUUGCCAGUAUGGUCCAUAUCUUGAUGGGCUCCUGCUAUAAGACCAAGAAGUUUCUCCUCUCUUUGGCUGAGAACAAGCUGGGCCCCUGCAUGCUAUUGGCUUUGCGUGGGAACCAGACAAUGGUGGAGAUUCUAUGUCUGAUGCUGGAGUACAACAUCAUCGAGAACAAGGACACCCAGCUGCAGAUCAUCUCCACCCUGGAGAGCACCCAAGUGGGCCUGCGUAUGUACGAACAACUCUGCGACCGACAGCGAGAACUCAAAGAACUGCAAAGAAAAGGAGGCCCCACCCGCCUGACUCUUCCUUCCAAGUCCACGGAUGCAGAUCUUGCUCGCCUGUUGAGUUCAGGUUCUUUUGGGAACCUGGAGAAUCUCAGCCUGGCCUUCACCAACGUCACCAGUGCCUGUGCCGAGCAGCUCAUCAAGCUGCCUUCGCUUAAACAGCUUAACCUGUGGUCCACUCAGUUUGGAGAUGCAGGAUUGCGGUUGUUAUCAGAGCACUUGGCCUGUCUUCAAGUGCUGAACCUGUGUGAGACCCCCGUCACUGAUGCUGGUUUACUGGCUCUCAGCUCCAUGAAGAGUUUGUGUAGUCUGAACAUGAACAGCACCAAGCUUACAGCUGACACCUACGAGGACCUCAAGGCCAAACUGCCCAACCUAAAAGAUGUGGAUGUUCGGUACACAGAAGCCUGGUGAUGGACCCCCCUCACAUAGCAUGUACGGGUAACCAGACUCUCACUAGAACUGAAAGCAGGUUAUGUUCGCCAGGUGUUUGUCGCCAUCAUCAAAGCAGGAUCUCAGACACCAAUCAUCACACAGGGAGAAACGGCUUGCUUUUGAAGUGUAAACCUCCCAUUUUCUUAAAGUAAGAAAGCUUCGUGGACCUUGUCGCUCCCCUUCUCACUGUUGCCGUUGUAUAACGGACCCUUUUUUGCUAAUUUGACGAGACGACGUUCAAGGACCUUGUAACAAAAGAUAUCAUUUUAGCUCCAUCGUCCAACUGUUUUUAUCUAUCUCGUGAUGAAGCGCUUACAUUCCAGCUCUUCUCCACUCUGAUCUAAGAUGUAGCGAUCCAAUCAAUUCGAUCUUGCACCCUUCAAUUCAAGUCCGACUUUGUUUGGGAACGGUGCUGCCUUUUUUUUUUUUCCUGUUCCGUAUCUACAGAGACACACGCAGACACACACAAAAAACGGUUUGUACCUGCUUAAAUGAACAUAUUUUUCCAGGCCUUCUGCGCUUUCAUAUAUUGUGUGUUUAUAUGUAGAUGAAUGUCAGUAAUGACAUUUGAGAAUGAUCUUUGUAGGAGAACUGAACAGUGACAGCAAAAUCUGCCCCUUUUUAAGUUGUUAGUGUACAUUCUGAUUCAUAUUUAGUAGGACUUCUGUGUAGCAGUAGCUGGGUGGUCUGGGACUGCCUCUUAUUUAUAAGCCUCUAAUACUCUGUUGGAUGUAAUCCUGGCGGGGAAGAUGUACACAGACUCUGUUCUUUCUUUGCUUCUUUUGGACACUUCACACACAAAGCCAACCUCUCUGUACUUUGCUACUAUGCUAUGGUGGUCGCAUGGACUUGUUCAUGUCCACCUCGAAACCAGCUAAGAGUUUGUGUGCUUUGUAUUUUGGCCCGACACGGAGAAAAGGGACACUCGCCAAACAUCAAACCCGAUUUUGUUGCAUCAAGCCAACACAAGUGUCUGACAUCUUGUGUACGUUGGAAGUCUUGUGACCGCUGACUCUUUCCUGUGUUGUAUUUCAUCAUUUCUAAUCAAAAUGUCGAGACACAAUUCAUGUAUAUAUUAUAAAUGUGGGCUAUCAAUGAAAAACUGUUUUUUUUCUCCAUCAACAUUCCCUCAUUUAAAUGUAGUAACCGCCCUGACGCACUGAAGCCAGUCAGGUUAACCUGCUUUUCACACCUAUUUUGCUCUAUUUGACCUUUUUCAUUUGGUUUGUGCCACCUGCAGAAAGCUCCAGGUUGUCGAAGCCGUCCACUGCGAGAUAUUUACUUUCCUAUUUAUUGGCUGCCCCGCGGUUUUCUGUUUGGUCAGUAGAUUUCGGGCAAUUUUUGGGACUGGGUCAAAAUUUAGGACCUGGUGAUAAUUUUCAUAUCCUGUAUAAUGUACAUAGAAUUGUAUAUAGUCUCUCUUUUACUAUGUUUAAGCCCUUUUUCUUUGUCAUCUUCUUUUCUGUACUGGUUUUUGGCCUCCUCUCAUUGGUAGGCCCAUGUUGCCUUGGUUUUUCGCAAAGUGUGUGUGUGUGUGUGUGUGUGUGUGUGUGGUCGUUUUGUUGUUUCACACAAAGUGCACUGUAAUCUAAAGGAUGUGUUUUAAGGCAUACUAUUUUUUAGCUUUACUGAUUUGAUUAUUACAUGAAUUAGACGUGUCGCUUGUGUUUUGUUGGUAUUGUUUUUCAGGUUUAUUUUGCAUGUCUCUAAUAUUUUACUGGUGGUUUGAAACCGUGAUAUAAAGGGCCUGAUCACUAUCUGAAUGGAAAAAUCUGGUUGUUUCCGGGAGCCGCUCGUAAGAUCUUGUCAUAAUUGGUACAGUCAAGCUGAGACUGUACUUACUCAUUUGUACUAUUAGCUGAGACUUGACAAAACACGAUGACCACUCUAUUUAUUAAAAGCAAAAGUGCUGUAAAACUGCUGCCCGACUAUUUCAGGAGCUUCAUCUUCAAUGGCCAAAUGUCCUUCAGUUGCUGUACUUGUGUUUACAAUUUCAUGUUUUGUCUUGAGUGAUAACCACUGUCACAUUUGUACGCUACAUGUGGACCUAUUAUUCAUUUUGAACAACUAGGAAAUAGAGAGCUGAUUGGUGCAAAUCUAUGACAAAACCUCGGGAAAUGCAUGGAGGAAAUAAAAGUACAGUGGUACCUCAAUUUAGGAGCUUAAUGGGUUCUGUGACAGACCCCUUUACUCAAAACUCUUGUAUCUCCUAUUGAAAUCAAUAAUUGUAAUUGGUGCUUGCCCCUCUCGAGCAUCACAAUUUUAAGAUCUAACAUGACUUUUGGAUAAUAAAUACUGUAUAAAAAGUUCAAUAUAAUGUACUACUAACAAUUACAAUAGUUUUAUGAAGUAAUGUAAUAAUAAUGUACAACAUUUACCUUGGAGAGUGGACUUCUACGGUAUCUCCUUCCAGCCACCUUUCUGUCAAACACACCAUCAGCAGCUGUUUCAUAUUUUCAUGGAUACAUGUCUACCGCUUAGAUAUUAUUUUAACAUUCUUGGUUGGCGUUAGACUCAUUUUGCUUCAGUAGGGUGCAGACUAGCACUGCUAAGCUCAAAUUACUUUGCCAAGAUGGCGACAUGCUCAAGUCAUGUUUUUGAUGAUUUUUUAUUUAUUUCUUAAAUCGAUUAAUACCAUCUACUUCUUUUGCUCAACUCUGUCCUUCAUUGAUGAUUUUUUAUUUAUUUUUUAAAUCGAUUAAUACCAUCUACUUCUUUUGCUCAACACUGUCCUUCACACUCAAUUUUUUCUUUCCCAUUGUUGAAAAUCAAAGUUGUGUCGAUAUUUUGCUCUAAGCUAAUGCUAACGAGUAAGAUCAGAUGUUCAGAUCGGCUCUUAAAGACUUCACUGUGACAUUUGCUAUGCCAACUAAUACCCUGAGAUCGUUAGGUUGUGAGUUCAAACCCCGGCUGAGUCAUACCAAAGACUAUAAAAAUGGGACCCAUUACCUCCCUGCUUGGCACUCAGCAUCAAGGGUUGGAAUUGGGGGUUAAAUCACCAAAAAUGAUUCCCGGGCGCGGCACCGCUGCUCCCCUCACCUCCCAGGGGGUGAUCAAGGGUGAUGGGUCAAAUACAGAGAAUAAUUUUGCCACACCUAGUGUGUGUGAGACAAUCAUUGGUACUUUAACUUUUGAAUUAAUGGCAGGGAUGCUUGUACUCGCUUGUUUGCUUGCAACUUAAAGCAUAGUAAUUAGCCAAAAGACAGCUCUUAUCUCAAAACACUAAGGGCCUGAUUUACUAAAAUCCUAAUACUGCGCACUAGACAACACGGGCAAUCUAUAAAAUAGCGUGUACUCUUCGUGGGUGUGUUGUGUGUGAUUUACUAAUACUGCGUGUGCAAUUGCAAAGUGAUGCAGACCGCCUUCUUUGAUAAUAAUCGAUUUUUUUUUUAUGCAUCGCCAUCCAGACAUGGACGAUUAUAAAAUCGAUAAGUAUACGUCAAUAAUUGAUAACCGAUUUAUUUUAUUGUAAAUAAAGUAAUGCAGACAUUUCUGACUGCAACUCUUAUGGUCCAGUUUUGCUCACAUUUCAAUGAAGUGAAUAAAUGUGAUGGGAAUUUCUGAUUACAAAUGCACUGUUUUUAAAAGUUGCAAGUGGUAAACGCUAAUUUAGUGAAACCUAAAGAAAUGUAAUACUGCAUCAAUAUACGUUGAUUAGAGACGCAUCAAUAAUCAAUUUUUUAAUCGCAUCGUAGCUCCUGAAUCGGAAUCGUAACAGAAUCGUGAGGUGGCCAAAGAUUCCCCCCUCUAGCAUGUACUAUAAAGGGCAUCACCACGGAUACACUCUCAUUUACUGCACAUUCAUGUUAUCAGGCUGCUACAGCACCUGCAGCGUUUUGCUGUGUUUGUAAACAAGCAGGAGAUAUGUGCACUUUAGAAGCAGUCUUGUGGUGUAUUUACUGUACAUUGGCACCACUUGUUUUUUUUUUGUUUUUUUACAGCUGAAGGUGCGGUCAUUCGGGAGAGGCUGCACAUUACUCUGCUCAAAAUGCAAAAAAAAUUAUACUUAAAUCCUUUUUUUUCAAAUAAGAAAUAUUAAAAUAUACAUUCUGUGGAAAAAAACGGCAAAACGCAUGAAUUGAAUUAGUUGUAAUCAGCCUCUGAAGUCCUCAUAGCAGCUCUAGAAAUUAAAAAAUGGUAUAUCUAAAUAAUUAAUGUUUAAUGUAUAUAUAUAUUUUAUUUAUUUAUUUAUAUUUGUAAUAAUUAUUUUCCAACAAUAACACAAGCCUAAACAUAUAACAGAGGAAAAUCAAAACACACAAGACAAAGCAAAUAAAACCAAACAGAACAAUCCUCCCCCCCACUCACACACACAUGCACACAUCCAUUGAGAGAAGCUUACAUGAACUAGAGAAAAUCCAAAAUGAAAAGAAAUGAAAAUAAUAAUAACAACAACAAAAAAAUAGAUAAUAAUAAUAACAAUAAUUCAUACAUUAACCAUCUGACCAGCACAGAUCCUGCAGCUGUGUAUGGACCUGUAUUUUCACAUCCUUCCGACACCUGCUAAAUAAAACGCAAAAUAAUGCUCGCAAAACAGUGGUGAGUGUUGCUAAAUAAAUAUAAUUGCAUUUUCUCCUCCCAGUAUUGCUUGUAUUCCAUCACGGGACUUCUUCCUGGAAGUGAAAAACAGUCGUGGUCAACCAAGCCAAGAUUGCUGUUGUAGCAAACAGUGUGCGAACUAUCUGAGUACACAAGGGGCCUAGAUCUUCCUGCAAAAAAGCAGAUACAAGCGAAAAAUCUAAAGAAGAUUUGUCGAGGGAUAUCAAGGAUUAUCCGUUGGUGGAGUUCCCAGACAUGUCUAACUGUCUGGUGCUAUAGACGUAAUUCUACACUAGAAACUUGAAAACGCACGGAGGUCUACAACUCCUUUGUGUGUGGCUGGGUCAAGGAAAUUGAUAUCAAGACUCUACCGGAUAUAUAUGCAUCGCACGCAAAAGUGCGUUCAACUUUGCGUCCGUGUAAACAAACAGCGACUACAAGCACUCGACAACUGACACCUGUGACAAACUAACAAUUACUGAAGCAUCACCAUAUUUAAUUUAUGUCCUGUUAUCAUAUGUACUCUGAGACAUUUGUGUACAAAACAAACAAGAUGGGAGACGUAAAAGUACCUUUCCUGACAAAGUAACAUUGACCCUGACUUUCCGGUUUCUGUUUGUUAAAAAUGAAGAUAAAACAACAUCAAGAUAUACUUCAAUGGGAAACACUAAAGGAGUAAAGUAUAUUAAAAAUGUAUCAAACUAAUCCAGGGGUGGGCAAUAAAUUUUUACCGUGGGCCGCAUGAGCAACCCGAGCACUGCUGGAGGGCCACACCAACAAUAUUUCAAUUAAAUUUUGCUCAAAUUAAUUUUGAUAUACCGUAAAACAAAUAAUAAUAAUAAUAAUAAUUUCAUUUAACCUAACUUAACUUUAUACAAAAGCAGACUGCUUUUGAUGGUUUUAUUUUUAACACUGUCUUCCACAACACUUCCUGAUGUAUAAUGCAAUGCAAAAAUGUCAAUUCCUCAAACAUUUUUCCCCGUCAGAUUUGGACAACCAUCUGUUGUCACACCUGCCAGCUUGUCCCAUUUCAGUCCUAACAUGUCCAAACACGCAUUUACCUCUGUGAACAAAUCAUUACCUGUGAUUGUCCCUUUAAUUGACUGCAUGGCUGCCAGCUCCUCCGUGAUUUGAAAGUCUGCAGUUAUCCCACGUAAGAAGAUGAGCAGCUGGGCGGUGUCACGUACACCGCAGCUCUCAUCUAAAGCCAGCGAAAAACUGUCAAAGUCGGCCGUUCUUUUCUUCAGCUGAAGCUCCAAGUUUCUAGCGAUGGUCUCAACCCGCCUCAUUACAGUGCGUCGGGAGAGUGACACGUUCUCAAAUGUGCCCCUCUUCUCCGGGCAUAUCAGCGCAACAGAUUCCAAUAAGCACGCCUUAAUAAACUCUCCGUCAGAAAACGCCUUACUUUUUCUGGCGAUUUUGUGAGAAAUGACGAAAAAUGUCCUGACGGCUGCAUCUCUGGGGGUGUGAAAUUUGGCAAAAAGUCCUUGUUGGGUUUGCAGUUUUACCAUCAACGCAUCAGCCUCCCUUGCGCGCUCUUCAUCAGACAGAUUCCGGUAUUUUUCCUCGUGCUUCGUCGUGUAGUGGCGAUUCAAAUGAUAUUCUUUAAACACAGCAACCCGUGUACCACAAAUUAAGCACACGGCUUUACCUUUAAUUUCUGUAAAGAAAAACUUGGCAGUCCAUGUCUUGUUGAAAACACGCCAUUCGUCAUCAACUUUUCUUUUUUUAGCGUGAGCUGACAUCUCGGUGGUAACCGGGCAUCACUUGUCGCUGUGCACCUUCACUCACAGGUUACACCCGGACAUAUGUCCAUAAAUAACACUUUUCAAAAUAAAUGCAGCACAGUUGUAUUGCACGCACGACAUAGAUGUUUUUUAUUUGUUUAUUUUGUAAUUUGUGAUUGCAGCUGUUCACAUUCACUCAAAAUCGCGCACGAGCAUACGUCCACACGGAUGUAAUACAAAUAACGCAUUUCAAAACAAAAGCAGCACCGUUGUAUUGCACACUCGACAUAGAUACUUUUUAAAAUUUAUUUUGUAAUUUAUGAUUGGCCUCACGCGGGCCGGACAGGGACGCACAAAGGGCCGGAUGUGGCCCGCGGGCCGCAGAAUGCCCAGGUCUGAACUAACCUUUAACAAAGGGGUCACUGCAAACCUCUGCGUUUUUUGGACUGGGGUGUGUGCCACUUUGUCCUUGUCAUUUCAUAAAAUCCUGCACUCUUUCGCCCAUCUUGAUUACCUUUCGAGGAACUCUGAAGAAACGUUUAUCCUUUCCAUGAUUUGAAUGGUUCGUACAGCCGAAAAUGACGCAAGUCUUGGGCAUUUUUCUUGGGAGAAAGGUUAAAUGGCGCCUAGUACCAAAUGAGCCGGACAGGAUGUCAUGAUCAGCAUAUACAGUAUUUAGCAUAUUAAUGAAGACCCUUUUUCUGCUCACGCAAUCCACUUUGCACACGUUUAGUAGAUCAGCAUGCUAUCAAGUUUGCACAUGUUUUAGUACACGCAAACCUUUAGUAAAUCAGGCCCUAAGUUAGAACACUCUUAAGUUGAGGUACUACUGUACAGCCAAAAUCCACAGCGGUCCCCACAGAGUUUAUGUCAGUUUGGUUUGUUUUCGCACACGUUUUGUAGCAACCAACAAUUUCACCGACGCUGGUUGACAGAUCUUGAUGUGUUUGGUUAAAGUCAAGCUGCCUGUGUUUUUUUGCAAAGAUAAUCCAACAGAAUGCAGCUUACUUUUAGGCAAAGUUCUGCCUGGGAGCCAUUUUCUGUUCAGCAGGUUUUAUUUCUUUAAUUGGCCUUAAACAUAUUCUAAACAAUACAAUUAAAGUGGUAUAUUUUUAAAUACUACACUCAUUUGCUAUGUCACCUAUGUUCUGUAUUGUUCAGAUAGCAAAACGUGGACAUUGCUUUAAGAUUUAGCUUCUUUAAUGUAUAAAAUGUGGCAAAAAAUGACUCCGGCAUCCUUCAGUGGACAAAGUUUGGACACCCCUGUAUUAGACGUGAUAGAGAAACAGCAAUUUAUUUAUGUCUCACAAAGAAUUGACAACUUUUCUCGAUCCUAAUUGAGCCACUUGUUCAUGUUAUGGCUGGACUACAGGUGCCUAUGUUUUUUUCCUAUUUCUAUAUGUGGGGCUUUCCUCCUUUCGCUGUUGUGUUCACCCCUCUCUUGCUUUCUCAGCCAUCACAUGUUGAACUCACCACAAACAAUCAUUUAAAAAAAAAAUCAUGCAAUUUAAGGAGCAAAUUCAGAUUUGACAAAUCUGACAGACUGAAACAGAAAAAAAAAAUCUUAUUAUCCCUUACUAUAUUUAUUUAUUUUUUGGCAGCUGUAAAGGGUGCCCAUCUUGUUUGUCCUUCAUUUUUGGUCUUUCUCAGCAUUGAUCUGCUUCUACUGCUGGGUUGUUAUUAUUAUUGUUACUAUUAUUGCUGCUGCUAAUGUUCUGUGGCUGUAAUAAAACAAAAAUGAUCUUCAAGGUGAUGUGAAAUAAUUUUAAACAGAAAUAAAUUGUCUGUGAAUAUG